AUGUCACCAUCAUUACCUUCAACCGGCUUGGAAAAGACAAAUCAAAAUUUAACUAAAAAUGAUCUUCAAAGAAUUGAAAGCAGUAUUGAUUUUAUUCUUGAAAGUUUACAACAAAGUUCAAAAGAUAAUAAAUCAUCUUCGCUUUCUCGUCCCAACAACAAUAAUGUGAAUUCGAUUGUUCUUGAUCUUCCCUUAUUAAUAGAUUCGAAACCCGAAGAAAAAAAGCACGAAUCACCUUUAUCCGCUUUGUUAAAUCACACUUAUCCUAAGUGUGUUGUAGAUUUAGCAAUAAUAACAAUAAAUCAUCCUCCUUGUCUUCAUCAAAUUUCUGGCACAACAAUUCCACAACCACCAUCCAAAGAAUUAUGUCAAAAAUUGAUACAAGACUACUUCAAAAAAUUUAAUCCGGUAUUUCCUAUACUUGAUAGAAAAAGAUUUAUUGAUCUUUGGCGGAGCAAAUCCAUCUACUCCGAACUGUUGGUCAACUCAACUAUGGCGUACGUUGCCUCAAGAUCACCAUAUGAUCCAUCAAUUCAAAACAUCGAAAGUAAACCUGGUGGCGUGUUCUUUGAUGCUGCAAAGAAAAUACUUGAUUCAGUAUAUGAAAAACCUAAACUGGAAACAAUUCAAGCUUUAUUGCUCCUAUCAUUAUCCGAAUCCAAUAUUUCAAGAAGGGAUAGUAGCUUCAUGUUUUUAGGCAUGGCUGUCUCGAUGUCAAAUUGUUUACAAUUGGAACGUGUGAACGAUUCAUUGUCGUCAGAGGAGAGCGAAGAAAGACGUAGAGUGUUUUAUUGUAUCUAUUGUCGCAACAGAUGGGUCUCCUUCAUUCACGCCAAACCAUACUCGGUUGAUGACAUGGACAUCAACGUACCGCUACCAGAACUACUCAACUUUGAUCAACAAACCAAAAGUUUCUUCAUUGCAUUAAUAAAACUAUCACAUAUCCUGGGCCAAAUAUGGAAGUUCGGCUAUACCACACAUCCAAAAGCCUGUUAUGAACAUUGGCAAAGUCACGUAGCUGAUCCAAAAAGUAUGUUGAGACAAAUCAGAUCUGCCUUGGCAAAAUGGUUGAAAGAAUUGCCGGACGAAUUACAGUAUCAGUAUUUGCCAGAUGCAGAUCCAGGAAGCCUUUUACACUUAUCCAGUUUCUCGGUGUUUUCUGGUUAUAUCAACAUUCUUUUCCACACUUGUCUCUUGUUAUUGCAUCAACCUUACCUCACAAAUUCAUCACCACUGUCAUUAUCAUCGAAAACAAAUGCUCAACAAACAAAAUACCAUAAUUACAAUCCCUACCAAUUUUAUAAUCCUGCCUUUGGAGCUUCCAAUAAAUAUGUUACAUCAUCGUCUCAAUUUAACAAUGUGCCAAUUAAAACUUGUUUAACAGCUGCAACAACCAUAACCGACAUAUCCAGAACAACAAGAAAAUUCGAUAAAACAGCGUUUUGUAAUUUCAUAUUUCCAGUUUAUGGUAUCUUACAAGCAGUUAUGCUCGAAUCUGUUAUAAUUAGUAAUGGGACAAUUGGUUCGACGGCCGAGUAUGCACAAGAAGCAAAAAAGGUGCUAAAUGACACAUUUGAAGAGUUAAAAUGUGUAGGAAAGGCUAUUAAUGUUGCUGAAAUGACGGAUGUUAUUAAAGAGGUGGAAAGAAUUUUGACGCUUACUAAUACAAAUGAUUUCACUAUACCUCUUCCAUUCCUAAUUCAACUUUUAGAAUUCCAAUCUAAUCCGGAUAUAGCAACCGAGUCAGUUGCAAAAACAUCCAAUUUGCGAAGGAAUAACAGUGAUUCCAACAAAAUCUCAAUCUCAUCAUUACCAGAUGCAACAAAUUCAAAUUCUGACGCAGAUAUUGGUGGGGACACAGUUAUGGAAGAUGCUUCAUCCCAAAUUGUGAAUUUACCCAAACUCAUUCAAUCACCAUCAUUACCUUCAACCGGCUUGGAAAAGACAAAUCAAAAUUUAACUAAAAAUGAUCUUCAAAGAAUUGAAAGCAGUAUUGAUUUUAUUCUUGAAAGUUUACAACAAAGUUCAAAAGAUAAUAAAUCAUCUUCGCUUUCUCGUCCCAACAACAAUAAUGUGAAUUCGAUUGUUCUUGAUCUUCCCUUAUUAAUAGAUUCGAAACCCGAAGAAAAAAAGCACGAAUCACCUUUAUCCGCUUUGUUAAAUCACACUUAUCCUAAGUGUGUUGUAGAUUUAGCAAUAAUAACAAUAAAUCAUCCUCCUUGUCUUCAUCAAAUUUCUGGCACAACAAUUCCACAACCACCAUCCAAAGAAUUAUGUCAAAAAUUGAUACAAGACUACUUCAAAAAAUUUAAUCCGGUAUUUCCUAUACUUGAUAGAAAAAGAUUUAUUGAUCUUUGGCGGAGCAAAUCCAUCUACUCCGAACUGUUGGUCAACUCAACUAUGGCGUACGUUGCCUCAAGAUCACCAUAUGAUCCAUCAAUUCAAAACAUCGAAAGUAAACCUGGUGGCGUGUUCUUUGAUGCUGCAAAGAAAAUACUUGAUUCAGUAUAUGAAAAACCUAAACUGGAAACAAUUCAAGCUUUAUUGCUCCUAUCAUUAUCCGAAUCCAAUAUUUCAAGAAGGGAUAGUAGCUUCAUGUUUUUAGGCAUGGCUGUCUCGAUGUCAAAUUGUUUACAAUUGGAACGUGUGAACGAUUCAUUGUCGUCAGAGGAGAGCGAAGAAAGACGUAGAGUGUUUUAUUGUAUCUAUUGUCGCAACAGAUGGGUCUCCUUCAUUCACGCCAAACCAUACUCGGUUGAUGACAUGGACAUCAACGUACCGCUACCAGAACUACUCAACUUUGAUCAACAAACCAAAAGUUUCUUCAUUGCAUUAAUAAAACUAUCACAUAUCCUGGGCCAAAUAUGGAAGUUCGGCUAUACCACACAUCCAAAAGCCUGUUAUGAACAUUGGCAAAGUCACGUAGCUGAUCCAAAAAGUAUGUUGAGACAAAUCAGAUCUGCCUUGGCAAAAUGGUUGAAAGAAUUGCCGGACGAAUUACAGUAUCAGUAUUUGCCAGAUGCAGAUCCAGGAAGCCUUUUACACUUAUCCAGUUUCUCGGUGUUUUCUGGUUAUAUCAACAUUCUUUUCCACACUUGUCUCUUGUUAUUGCAUCAACCUUACCUCACAAAUUCAUCACCACUGUCAUUAUCAUCGAAAACAAAUGCUCAACAAACAAAAUACCAUAAUUACAAUCCCUACCAAUUUUAUAAUCCUGCCUUUGGAGCUUCCAAUAAAUAUGUUACAUCAUCGUCUCAAUUUAACAAUGUGCCAAUUAAAACUUGUUUAACAGCUGCAACAACCAUAACCGACAUAUCCAGAACAACAAGAAAAUUCGAUAAAACAGCGUUUUGUAAUUUCAUAUUUCCAGUUUAUGGUAUCUUACAAGCAGUUAUGCUCGAAUCUGUUAUAAUUAGUAAUGGGACAAUUGGUUCGACGGCCGAGUAUGCACAAGAAGCAAAAAAGGUGCUAAAUGACACAUUUGAAGAGUUAAAAUGUGUAGGAAAGGCUAUUAAUGUUGCUGAAAUGACGGAUGUUAUUAAAGAGGUGGAAAGAAUUUUGACGCUUACUAAUACAAAUGAUUUCACUAUACCUCUUCCAUUCCUAAUUCAACUUUUAGAAUUCCAAUCUAAUCCAACCGAGUCAGUUGCAAAAACAUCCAAUUUGCGAAGGAAUAACAGUGAUUCCAACAAAAUCUCAAUCUCAUCAUUACCAGAUGCAACAAAUUCAAAUUCUGACGCAGAUAUUGGUGGGGACACAGUUAUGGAAGAUGCUUCAUCCCAAAUUCAACAUUUAUACGACGACAAUAUAUUUUUCGAUCCAGCUUCGUCUUCGUACUCAACUACUACCGCUAUUAUUAAUUCAUCAAGUAUUGGUGGUUUAGUAGGUGGAAAUGUUGUUGGAAAUCAUCAUUUGCACAAUCAGCAUCCUUAUUAA